AUGGCUGACACCGGUCUCCCCCCCAACUGGGAAGUGCGCCACUCCAACUCCAAGAACCUGCCCUACUACUUCAACUCCCUCGAAAAGGUCUCCAGAUGGGAACCUCCGCACGGCACCGAUACCGACAAACUGAAGCGCUACAUGGCCGCGCAUCACAGCGCCAACUCGCGCCAGGGUGCCGUCCCCAGCGUGCCGGAGGGCAAGAUUCGCGCCGCCCACCUGUUGGUGAAGCACAAGGAUAGCAGACGGCCUAGCAGCUGGCGAGAGUCCGAGAUCACGCGAACAAAGGACGAAGCCAUGGUCAUCAUCAAGGCGCACGAGCAGCAAAUCAAGAAGGGGACCCCUCUGGGCGACGUCGCCCCUACCGAGUCGGAUUGCUCAUCCGCACGCAAACGAGGCGAUUUGGGCUACUUUGGCCGCGGGGACAUGCAAAAGGAGUUUGAGGAUGCUGCUUUCGCUCUGAAGCCUGGCGAGAUGAGCGGCGUCGUCGAGACGGCCAGCGGAUUGCAUUUGAUUGAGAGGUGA